CACGGCCAGGCAGUCAGGCAGUCAGGCAGCGAUGGCGAGCUGGGAGCAGGCGCGCGCGCAGCCAGACUGCGUGUCCGAGGUGUCGGACUGCGGCACGAGCCAGGGCAGCGCCUACGGGGACGGCCGCGAGGAGCUGGCGGAGCUGGCGGCGGCGCUGGGGCUGGCCGUGGGCGAGCUGUACGAGGACAGGUUCCGCGUCGACCGCCGCCGGCUGGAGCGCCUGCUGCAGGGUGAACAUGAGAACGGAAAUGGACAAACUGCAGACGCAUUCUUCCAGAAGAUAAUGAAAGAUACGCUAACUCACAUAGCAUGGCCUUCGCGACUGAAGAUAGGUGCAAAAUCCAAAAAAGACCCGUACGUGAGGAUCGCAGGUCGACCCGAUGACGUCAGGCUCGCCAAAGAGAAGGUCAUCGGUACUCUGGACACGCGGGCGACCCGAGUGACGAUGAAGAUGGACGUGAGCUACACGGACCACUCCCACAUCAUAGGCAAAGGGGGGCUGACGAUCAAGAAGGUGAUGGAGGAGACCAAGUGCCACAUACACUUCCCGGACUCGAACCGCAACAACGCCAUGGAGAAGAGCAACCAGGUGUCCAUCUCCGGCGAGGUGGAGGGCGUCGAGAAGGCUCGCCAGAGGGUCAGGGCGCUGAUGCCGCUCAUCUUCAGCUUCGAGCUGCCCGUAGUGACGGCGGCCGCGCAGCUGCCAGACGCCAACUCGCCCGACCUCAAGCACAUCCAGGAGACCUACAACGUGCAGGUCAUGUUCCGCACGCGCCCCAAGCUGCACUCCACGCUCGUCGUCGUCAAGGGCUGCGAGUGGGAGGUGGACCGCGUCAAGGACGCCACCGUGCUGCUCGUCAACUACCUGUGCGAGAGCCUGGCCAACCAAGUGUCGGUGCAGAUGUCCUUGGAGAUUUCUCCGCAGCAUCACUGCAUUGUGCUCGGCCAACACAGCAUCAACCUGAAGAACAUUAUGGCUCGCACCGGAGUGCAGAUACUGUUCUCAGAUGCUGGAGAUCCAAACAUACCAGCACUGAAGAAGAGCUACGUCAAUAUAUCUGGACCGAUACACAAUGUCUACAUCGCUCGUCAGCAGCUUGUGGGAUCGCUGCCCUUGGUGCUAAUGUUCGACCUGCCAGAAGAUUUCAACGUUGACUCAGAUUACGUAAUUCAGCUGACACAGAGGCUCGAUGUCUUGAUCAACAUUCGACCGAAACCAAAGCAAAACAAUUCCUCGGUUACUAUCAAAGGCAUUGAACGUAAUGCAACAAAUAUAUAUGAAGCUCGCAGGAAGCUUCUUCGCUUGGAUGAACCAAGAGUUGUGGCCCAGAUACCGGCCACCUACUACAUUCCGGAGUCUUCAAGAAUUAACUUCUUGAAUGACUGCAUGACUAACGCCAGCCCGUUCCCGAGCCUGUACGCGUUCAACGGGGGGUUCAGUGCGCUGUCGGGCUUCCCGCUGGGGCUGCCCCGCUGGGGGCAGUGCCUGGCGCCGCUGCAGCUGCUGACUGGCCGGCACCACCUGGCGCCGCCCCUGGCGCCACCCAGCACCGGCUACAGCAGCGGCUACAGCAGCAUGUUCUCCAGCAGCCAGUCGCUGGCCUCGGACAGCCCCGACUUCAACGCUGGCGUGUAUCCGCUGAUGGGCAACACGAGUGGCUUAUCGAGUCCUGUCAGUCCAUCGGCCAAUAGCGGUGGAUUCUCGACCACAACCCUCAACCCUUCUGACAGCAGCUCACAAGAAGGGAAGUAUGACGACGUGUUGCAAUCACCACUGACGCAGCUACGAAACUAUGACCAGAAAAAAGUGUUGGCUGCACAAGCGAUGCAGGGCAAGCCCCAGAGAGGGGAGGCUCGGGUCCCGACCUCUGCCUGGGCCGGCUGUGGGCUCAGCCAGUCCACCCCGCCCGCCGCACAGCGCUGCCGCACCCAGCUGUUCUCGUCGCAGAAUGGCAAGUACGGCGUGUGGGGGGCCAGCUGCUCGCCCGCGCCCCAGCCGGAGCUCCCGGACCUGAGCGGAGGCACGAGCAGUGCUGCCAACAGCAACUACCUGGACUUCGCCCCGUCCUCCGUGGUGGGCCGGGUGUUGGGGGCCCAGCCCUCCAGCCUCGCCGCCUACCUCGCCUCCAUCGGCCUCGACAAGUACACGUGUGAGUCCCGUGGCCUGCGAGGGACGCAACGUCUAGAUUUGUUCGCCUCCCACGAAAUAGACCUGGAUGUGUUCAAGACCUUGACAGAGUCCGACUUGAGAGAGAUCGGCGUGAACACUAUGGGGGCCCGUCGCAAGAUGCUCAUAGCUAUUACUAACCUUAAACAGCAAGCGUCGCAGAGUCUGUUCAGUGGGAGCGCCGCGCCGGGCGCUGAACGCAAGACCAGGCAGUUCGACCUGCCUCCCGUGCGCAACAACGGCCAGCACGGUUGUUUGUGACACUUGACAGGUCUGAUCUUCACAGCUGCAUUGAUGAACAAGCGAGUGGGAUAAAACGGUUCCUUGAAAUAUUCAUGUAUACUCAGAGAAAUUUAUUUAUAUUCUAGUCAUACAGAAAUUAUUUUUUAUGCCUUUAAAGUUGAUUUGUUGGAUGAAAUUCUGGCGAGUUCUGUUUCCCGAACUUCAAUUAUAUUUGCUCAGUUUUACAUUAUACUGCAGAACCGCACCUUGCACCGUUCUUGAAAGGGUUUGUGUGGGCAGGAUGACCAGAAUUUUCACCCUACUUGACAGAUUUCGUUGAAGAUUAUAGGCUUGUGAAAAAUGUUAUUUGAAUUAUUGCAUUGAACAGAAUCGCUACAUAUUUUCAUUUUGUGCUUUAUACUGACUGUGAUCACACACUUCUGCUGGAUUGCCAUUGGUUCUUGGCAAACUAUUCCAUAUUUUUUACCUUCUGUCUCUUUAAGGCUCAGUGUUCAUGCACAAAAUGAAGUUGUGUAGCCUGCCCCAGGAGCUUUUCAAAUGCUGAAGGGCAUAUUUAAUCAUGUUGCUAGAAAUUUGUUUUAGUUUAUAUGGUGGAAGACUUUGUUUUAAUAUCAUGUUUCUAGUAUUUUAUGUGAUUUUGUAAACUUAUCAUGUGAACCAAAUAAUUAUAUUGUGGAUUUUUUAUAAUUACUGUUUUGAUGUAACUGCUUGAGGUUUACUUUUAAUUGUGUAGAUCUUAAUUUGCAGGCUUCAUGAAGAUAAUUAUGUAAUCAAAUAUUAUUCCAUUUAUUCCAAUUUUAAAAAAUGGUAAACUUGGCAGUAAUUUUUUUGUAUAUUUUUAACACCACAUAAGCAUCAGUUUAAAAAGGAAACCUUAAGCAAGUGCUUUGUUGGCUGGUUAAAUUCAUGUUUUUGUCAGUUAUUUUCUAAUUUCAAUCUUUAAUUCAAUAUUUUCUAUAAAUUAAUUUUAACAUAAUUACUCUGUUUUGAAACUGUCUUAAUAUUGUACUACUUAUAUCAGUCUAACUCAACCACCAAAAGAUUUUUAGGAGUUUGUUAAAAACUAAUUUUUCCUGCAGGAAUUUUUACUUAAAUUAUUUAAGGCUCUAAAUGUGAAUUAAGAGAGCAUUGUGUAUGUGUGUAUUAUUUUUAAUUAUCAUUUCUGUUUACAUAUGUGAUUAAUGAUAUUCUUUGUUUUUGUAUUGUCAUUUAAAUUAUUUACAAUUUCACCUGUCAUUUGCAUUGUAAACAUUUACUGUAAGACUGAUAAAAUGUGUUUAGAGUGUGUAUUUUAAUACUGUCAAAAAAUUUUGAAUUCUAAAGAUUACUUAUGUUACUAAGGACCUAUGGUUAAGGUUAUUUAUGUAUUAUGUAUGCAGUCAGACAAAAUAUAUUUGUGAAUUAUUAUUAUUCAAAAUGUAAAGUUUAACUAUUGAAAUGUUCUAAACUUAUCAUACAAGUUUUCAGUAUGUUUUACAUGCACAUAUGUUAAAACUCUUGUGAACAUUUAAUAUUUUACUUAAAUCAAAAUCCAUAUUAAUGAUUGAAAUGAAUACUUGUAUUGUUCAGAAUGGUUGCUAAAUAUUGUGAGAGCUGUUAACUAAGUAUUUUAAAUUUUUGUACUAAAAAUAUUGGAUAAGCUGAGAAAAAUUACAAGAUCAAAAUUGUAUGUAAGUACUGUAUAUUUAUAAUUGCUACUGUAUAUCAGUGUCUAUUUUAAACAAAAACUUAAUUUAUUGUGUGCAAAAGUUUUAUGUGACUAAUAAUAUUUUUCGUAAAAAAAAAGUACCAGUAAGCAGUUUGUGCCAAACAUGCUCUAGUGUAUAAUGUAAAUUAUUCUUUACUGAUCUCAUUUAUUGUUACUAGAUUAAUGUUGGUAUUUCAAGACUGAAUAAAUAUAAUUUACCAAGGGAGAUUGUUUCAUGGUUCGUACCCUCUUGAGUAAUCAAAAAUUAAGGAUUUUUUAAGGAACCCUUUACUACCAUUAGUAAUGGUAAAUGACAAUGAUAAAUAGUCCAUAUACAAAAAAUUAUUACAUUGGUUGUUUAAAUUUUUACAGAUAAGCCACUAUCCUCCAGAAAUAUCUCUUGGAACACAUCGAACCCAAGCAGUGUAUCUGAAAUGUAUAACCAUACCAUUUACAAUUACUUUGUAAGUUCAAAGUAAGACAAUAAAAUACACUUUUAGUUAAAAAAUGAGAUAAAAACUUUGAAAAACUAAUUCAGAACUUUUUUUAUUUAAAAAAUAUCACGUGGCCUGAAAUUUGUCAAUUGCACAAUACACAAUGUAUUUAACAUUGCUAGUUUCAGAAUAUUCAUUUUAUCAGUAUGUUGUUUAAAGUACUGUAGUAGAUUAAACUACAGUAGUAGAUUAAACUACAGUAGAAUCUCGUUAUAGCGAGCACGGUAAUAGCGAGAACAUGGCUAUAACGAGGUCUUUUUGAGGAAUUUACGGCGUGAUCGCUUGAAGCGCGCUUUGGUUAUUUGUCUGCUUUAUCUCCACCCCUCUCGCUCGCCAUUAGACAUCUUGCCGUUGACGCCUGUCACAUUCUUCAGCCGUGCAGUCGCCACCUAAGUGCGUGGCUUUAAAAAUAGAAUCCCGUCCUUUCUUUAUUUUAUCAAACUUCCGUUAGUUAUCUGUGCCUACGACUUCAGUCACAGCAUCACUGGCUGGCUUCAAGGCCAAGGUAUGCUCGAGUCGAAUAAACCAAGCCU